GAGAUGCGCACACUGAGGACACCGCAGCACAGAAAUGCGCACAGCUCCGAGCCAAACCCGGCUAUAGCUUCACCUCCCGGCACCCCUGACCCGUCUCUCAACACCAUGGGUUACAGGGAAUAUGGCUAACUUUGCCACACUUUGCAUGUCACGGGAAAUGCCCUGCGUUGUCUGGAGGAGAGCCGUGCUGCCGAGCGGCUGAAUUGAGAACACAAUAACACAGAGACUUGACAGAGAGAGAGAAGAAGCGGGGAGGUGUUGGGGGGGCAGAGAGAGACCUGAUUCCAGUCAUUUCUAUCCCGACUCCUCUCCCACUUUGGUUUUGAGAGAUGAUCACGGAGCUGGUGUGCACCGCCGUGGCUGUGGGUCUCUAUCUGAACACGCUGGACGCAGAUUUCUGCUACGAUGACAGCCGAGCCAUCAAGACCAACCAGGACCUCCUUCCUGAGACUCCGUGGACCAACAUCCUGUACGACGACUUCUGGGGCACCCUGCUCACCCACAGCGGCAGCCACAAGUCCUACCGCCCGUUGUGCACCCUCUCCUUCCGCCUCAACUACACCCUGCAUGGCUUGCGUCCCUGGGGCUACCACCUGCUGAACGUGGUGCUGCACGGGCUGGUCACCGCCCUCUUCACGGCCUUCAGUCGCCCGCUCCUUGGCGGAGGCCUGUGGAGCCUUUUGGCUGGACUUCUCUUUGCUUCUCACCCGGUUCACACUGAAGCAGUCGCCGGUGUGGUCGGGAGGGCGGACGUUGGCGCUGCAUUGUUUUUUUUGCUGUCACUUCUCUGCUACGUGAGACACUGCGGACUUCGCAGGGACCCACGUGAGACUUUUCAGACCAGGCGAUGCGGCGGUGGCGACGGCUCUGUCACCAGGUGCUGGGCCUGGAUGCUGGGCAGCCUGUGGUGCGCAGCAGCCAGUAUGCUGUGGAAGGAGCAGGGGGUGACGGUGCUGGCUGUGUCGGCUGUGUACGACCUCUUUGUGUUCCAGAGGCUCCGGUUUCGCCAGGCGCUUCUCCUCCUGCUAGGAAAGAAAAAGAACAUCAGUGUUUUGCUGAGUCUCGGCAUGCUGGCUUCCUGGGGAGUGAUUCUGCUGUCAGCUCGUCUCUACUGGAUGGGCAACAAGCCUCCCAACUUCUCCAACUCGGACAACCCCGCAGCUGACUCGCCACAUUUUCUCACUCGGACACUGACGUUCCUUCACCUGCCGGCUGCCAACGCCUGGCUGCUGCUCUGCCCCGAUAAACUCAGUUUCGACUGGUCCAUGGACGCCGUGCCCUUGGUCAGGUCCUUGGCCGACUGGAGGAACCUUCACACUGUUGCCUUUUAUAGUGGAUUUAUCCUCCUGGGGUUGUUUGGCCUCCGUGCCCCCACCUCCAAAGCUAAGGAGACCAAUGGGAAAGCCUUUGUCACAAAUGGGAAAUCAAUCACCAAUGGGAAUGGUUACCAUGCCCCUGACACAAACCAUAACACAGACCAGGGGCCGCCAAAGACCACCCUAAACGGGUCAGCUGGACUCCACCACUGCCCUCCACGGACAUCCCUGCCCCCUACAGAAAACUUAGUACUAUUUUCUUUGGGCAUCCUGUCGUUGCCUUUCAUCCCAGCCACAAACCUCUUCUUUUAUGUAGGUUUUGUAAUUGCAGAGAGGGUACUAUACAUCCCCAGUAUAGGCUUUUGUUUACUGGUUGCUGCUGGUGCAAGAACCCUGUACAUCAGACUGAGGACUAGAGGCUGCAAGGCCUUCCUGUUGUGUCUCUGUACGGGACUAGUGCUGCUGAAUGGACUCAGAACUGUUCAAAGAAACAGAGACUGGAGCAACGAGGAGAAUCUCUACAAGUCCGGGAUUGGUGUUAAUCCUGCCAAAGCCUGGGGAAACUUGGGGAACGUACUGAAGAACCAGGGCAAGAUGGCGGAGGCGGAGAAGGCAUACAGAAACGCUCUGCACCACCGAGGGAACAUGGCUGACAUGCUGUAUAACCUUGGCUUGCUGCUGCAGGAGAAUGAACGUUUCACUGAAGCGCUGCAUUAUUACAAGCUGGCCAUUGGGAGUCGGCCAACACUGGCAUCGGCCUACUUGAACACAGGGAUCAUCCUGAUGAACCAGGGCAACCUUGAGGAGGCCAAACGCAUCUUUCUGACCUGUGCCGACAUCCCAGAUGAGAACUUAAAGGACCCCCACGCCCACAAGAGCUCUGUCACCAGUUGCCUGUACAACCUGGGAAAGCUGCUCCAUGAGCAGGGCCAGCAGGAGGAGGCUCUGUCUAUUUAUAAGGAAGCAGUGCAGAAAAUGCCCAGACAGUUUGCACCACACAGCCUUUUCAACAUGAUGGGAGAGGCCUACAUGAGGCUGAACAGGCUGGAGGAAGCAGGCCACUGGUACAGAGAGUCCCUCAGGGCCAAGCCUGACCAUAUCCCUGCCCACCUCACUUAUGGCAAACUCCUGUCCAUCAUCGGGCAGAAGACAGAAGCAGAGAAGUACUAUCUGAGAGCUAUCCAGCUCGACCCGACUAAAGGAAACUGCUACAUGCACUAUGGUCAGUUUCUGCUGGAGCAGUCUCGUCUUGGCGAGGCGGCAGAGAUGGCGGAGAGAGCUGCGGAGCUGGACAGCUCAGAGUUUGAUGUGGUCUUCAGCGCUGCUCACAUGCUCAGACAGGCCAGUCUUAAUGAGGCAGCGGAGAGGCAGUACGAGCGCGCAGCCAGCCUCAGACCAGAUUACCCGGCUGCUCUGAUGAACCUCGGUGCCAUCCUCCACCUGAACGGGAAACUUCCUGAAGCGGAGGCCAACUACUUGCGUGCACUCCAGCUCAAGCCGGAUGAUGUCAUCACCCAGUCCAACCUGCGCAAGCUGUGGAACAUCAUGGAGAGGCAGGGACUCAGGAUUAGAGCGUGGACUCGGGAUGCAGAGGAGCACCCUUUGAACUGAGAGAGUCGCUGCACUGUUCUUUCCGUGAUGACGCAGCGUGCCCUUCAGAGAGCGAAGCAGGACAGGAUAUAAAAGAGCUGGAGGCUAAAAGCCCUCUCUACGAGACAGGAAAGACAAAUUCUGUAGAGUCGUGGCCUGUGAUGCUUGUGGGAGACAGUUUGAGGCUUGGCAUGUUUGGGAUUCAGGAGCGUAAGAGUUGUGCCCGAUAAUACGUCACCACCAGUGCUGUACGGUGGCUCAGACGACUAAAGUCACCUUUAUUAUUGAGUUUUAUAAAGCAAUGCUCAGCUGUUCAAUGAUGCACUGAAAUCAAAGGCAAAUAACCACAAAGUCCAAAAGAAAAAAAUCUUAAGUCUAGUUAUUAUUUCACGAUUAAUAAAAACUUGGGUAUGUUAUAAAGCACUUAAUUUGAAUGAAGAUGUAGCAAAAGUAUUUAAAUAAUUUCUGCAGGAAAGGUUUGGAGAUGUCAGCUUGAAUUGGGUAAAUGACGGCAGCUGGUUUGUGGAGUUCUACUGCACCGCAACUUGCAAUGCUGCACCCGCCCCGCCCCUCACAAAUAUGACCAAUUAGUUUUACAACCUAACCCCGGGACCUAAAACCGCAAAUUCUAUGAUAAUUAUUGCGCUGUUCAAGUAACUUAAUUAGGCAACAGGUUUAAAGUGAUCAUCUUGGGUGAUUUCAUACAUGUUAAACUGAGAUGAUAUAUUUUAUGUAAAGGUAAUUCAGGACAUAAAAUUUCAAUGAAUAUUUUUUACAUAUUCUGAUCAUAAGCUUGUUUGCAAUCGAGUGGCUAUUAUGACGAAAUUCAGAUGAGGGCAGGAAGUGAUAAUCUAUAUACUCAACCCGAAGUCGAAAUCCGGUGUAAGCAGUGACUUGCGCUGUCAGACAAAAAAAGCUGUCCUUUAACGUUGGCAUGAUACACAGCCAGUCGCCAUUGUAGUUUACUGGUGCUUGGUGGCAUCAAGGGGAAACACGAUGGAACAAGAGCGAAAGUAAAGGCGGCGAAACUUCGAGUAGGGUAGGCAGGAGUGGUGGUGGAUGGGUCCAACAAAUACUAACUUUCAUUCUGUCCCGUAUGAUUCUGAAGCCAAACCCUGCUCUUUUUUCCUAAACCCAACCAUGUGCGUUAGUUGUUGGAGAAAAAAAAUAUCAAUUUGCGUGGUUGUACAGUAAAUUUCCUGUGAAAACGGAAGUGUAUUUUGAAAGAAGACAAUGCACGUACCAGGCAGAACUUGACACUGCGUCCAUUACGAGUCUAAUGGACUAUAACUAUUUUGUGUGUGGUCAGGUCUAUGAGUCAAACGACUGUCAUCUUGUUUCUGGUCAGGUGAGAAGAUGUGCUUUUGUAUUUAAACUCUGUACAUGGAUGCACCGCUGUCGGGCUAAUGUUAAUAGGUAACGUUAGUUCAUUUUAGCCACUAUUUCCUGCCUACUAGAUCAACCGUUCCCAGAGGUUUGGUGAAACGAUGUUGAAAAUCACAGAGAAGUUGUCACAGCACAUUGUAAUUGCAACUCAAGGUAUACAUUCAUUAUUUUCUGUAACUGCUUAUCCUGUUAGGGGUCAGGAGGGGCUGGAGCCUAUCCCAGCUGACACUGGUCAAGAGGCAAGGUGGACAGGUCACCAGACUAUCACAGGGCUGACACAUAGAGACAGACAACCAUUCACACUCACAUUCACACCUACGAACAAUUUAGAGUCACCAAUUAACCUGCAUGUCUUUGGACUGUGGGAGGAAGCCGGAGUACCCAGAGAAAACCCACGCUGACACGGGGAGAACAUGCAAACUGCGCACAGAAGGGCUCCCCCACCCCUGGGUUCAAACCAGGAACUCUUUGGCUUUGAGGCAACAGUGCUAACGCUUUAAUGUUAUCGUUUGACAUUAGCUAACUCCGCUCCUCUUGACUGAAGAAGAAGGUUUAUGAUCCACGUCUGCUGCUGUUUCUCUGCGAGUGUUUCUGUCUUUACUAUUUUCAAGACUUAGGGAGCGAUCACGCCGAGAUGAAACGCUAGAAAUGCGAUGCCAGUAAAACCAUUGUUUUCCUAUGAUACCGGCUGACCAGCGUUCAAGCAUCUUUAUAGACGGACAUUUUUUCCGGCGUCUUUUUAGACACGCGUUUUUGUAGACGCUUCUUUUUAGACGCUUCUUUGUAGACGCUGAAAAGUUAAAAUAUUUUCAACUUUUUGAGCGUCAGACGCCAGUAGCUAGCGCGCAUUGAAUAAGCGCUUCCAGCAUUUCAAGCGUCUUUGAAGCAUCCCCAUCUCUAGCGUCUCAUUUCUGUGUGAUCACUCCCUUAAAGUGGCCUUUGUUUUCUUCCACUUCCACGAAGCACCUGUGCAGUGUUGGUCGUUUUUGCUUCCGAGUUGCCUGCAAACAAGCCGUUGAGCAGCACAUCUGUACAGUUAACGUGAUUGUUAGUAACACACCUGAUUGACGCGGCUCUCAUAUUCCAGCUGGCACAGAAGAGAGACUUAACGCACGAAGUCAGCAGACAGAGGAUUAAAUUAUUAGUCAAUAUUCAAUUUAUUUUAAUAUAUUUAUGAUCCAACACCCACAAUCCAACCUGCGUGUUCUUUGUUUAACCCAGAACUGAAUAAAAUUUAGACAAUGGUGCAGGUACUUGACACGAUGCAGGACUCUGGAUGUCACUUGAGUCAAUGUCAGUUGCGGCUAAAAACUACAAGUCUGAAGAUGCAAAAACAACAGUGGAGUUAGACCAGUUUGAGCUUACUCCUCAUCUGUGCUUGAGGCUAGCUGCUACUGGCAUAACACCCGAAUGUCUGUCCGAACUCCCGGUGGACAAGUUGCAUUGCUGGUAAAGAAGGCUCCAAGUUUUAACAAGAAAUAAGGAUGUGUGCAAUUUAAAAAAAAAAAAAAAAUGCUAUCUCUGGUUCUGCAGCAUCAGUUUCAAUCCUUUAUCUUUUAAACUGUCCAUUAUGAGUCCGAUGCUAUCAGAAUGGAAUGCUAAAUCAGUGGUGUACUAUUUAAAAUAUUUUAAAUGAAAAUUCUGAUUAAUUACCCUCAGGGUGCUCUCGCCAUUAACUAUUACUCUUAACACAGUAAAUCCAUAACAUAAAAAGCAUGCCAGUGCUCAGGCACCUUCAGGUACCACCGCCCUCCUACGCCCCGAUCACACAGGAGGCACCGCACUGCCUUUAUAAUAAAAAAAUUGAAUGCCAUGAGUAAAAAAAAAAAAAAUGCUUGCUGCGCCUUUUUAUUGUUGCCAGGAACCUACUUACCCUUAUUUAUUUAACAGUAGUAAGCAUCUAGUUCCUAAAAUGUUGACGCAGAGGGUACUUGCUGUAGCUCUGGUUUAGGGUGAGAGGCUGUCAGUAAAUAGUUAUUUUGGCCACAGGGAAACAGAGAUCUGUGUGGGCACAAUAGACCCUAAACAAGAUGGUGGAUCAUGGGGAGUACCACCAGUUGGUCCAGGAGCUUCUCCUCCAUGAUGGCUGUUUCCAGGCAUAUUUUAGGAGGACUCGGGGGCAGUUUGACAACCUGCUGUCUAUUGUCGGGCCGUAUAGCUCUGGGUAUCCAGCAACUGCUACCAUCAGUUUCUCCUCCAUUGUUGACCAACUGUAAACUUGUUGUCGUGACUACCACAGAAGGCCCGCCUCUCAAAUCAUCCGAUUGGACAAUACGAAGAAAGCGGAGAUGAUGUGGCGCGCUUUUGCUCCCUGAGUAAAAUGCCAGGCGCCUAGAGCGCAGAAACGCAAGGUGCAUCGCAGUGCAAAAACAGUGAGCAAAAAGCUUCAUUAUCAUAGACAUAAAACAAUUACAAAAAGCCGCCUCCAGCUGUUACAACUCUUCCUGUGUGAUCAGGGCCUAAUACAGUGCGGUGUAGUAAAUCACCCCAACCAAUUAAAAGCCAGUAGCCAAUUCACAUUCUGUUGUCCGAGUCGCUCAAGAUUGUUUGCACCUGGUGCAUUGUAAGUUCUUGUGACUGUAAACGUUAAAAACAGAUCACGGGAAAACUCCACAGCGGUGCCAAAGCUUGAACUGAGUCUUUACGCCUCUCGUGCCAAGCAAGAACUGAAAUGUGUCGUGUUCCUUGUGUCAAAUGAAGAUGUGUCAUUUCAUGUGAUCAAACGAUCAAACUUAAUUUAUUAAUACAUGUUAUUUUAUGUGAAGAAGCCAACACUGUGCCGUCACUGUCACAGUAGCCCACCCUCUCUGAUUCUUCCACAUAGACAGGCUACAGUAGGCAUCAUGACAACUACAUUAAAAUGGUUUUUUUUUUUACAUGUGUAUUCUUUUCUCUCUGCUCAGGGACAUCAGGUUGUGGUUCCUGUCACAGAGCGGCUUUGUGACACAGAGAGAGCUUCUUAAAAUGAUGUUAGGUGUUUUUUGAUGAUUGUGAUUGUUUGGUUAAAUUAUAGAAAACUGUGUAGCUGAAAAGAAAUGUGUUGUGUUUUGUAAAGAGAAGUGAACCUUUUUUUCCAGAAUAAAAACAUGACUUUUGCUGUCAACA